GGCAGCCGUUUGACAUGCUAGAUAUGUGUUUGUAAAAGCAGUCGCUACUAAAUUUUCAUUUUCAGAAAAAUGAAUAAUGAAGAUGCAGAUUUGGAAAUAGACAAAAUAUGCCGCUGUUGCAUGUUUCAAAAUGAGAGUAUGCACAACAUAUUUGAAAGCAAAAAUCCGGCUAAUCAUGGGGCAGUUCUAUUAUCUGAAAUGCUGGUGGCUUGUGCCUCAGUUGAGGUUAAAAUGGAUGAUUCCCUACCAAAAAACCUGUGUGAAGUAUGUACAGACAAGCUCAACACUUGCUAUGAAUUCAGAACACAAUGUCAAAAAUCCGACUCCAGGCUGAGAAAACUGACCACCUCAGAAUCAAAAACAUCCACUAAGCAAGAAAACAUUGUAGUACAUCCUGAUGUACCUGACGACUUAUUUGAUGAAGAGGAUGAAAUUCCCCUUAUCCAUCGGAGAGAAAAAAGGAAAAAAGAUGACAAGAAGGAUAAAAAGGAAGAUUUGAUAGAAUGUAAUGUGUGCCAUAAGGUACUGUACUCAAAGAAAGGCCUGAAGAUUCACAUGAAACAACAUGCUAGUGAUAAGGUCAAGAGUUGCCUAUUUUGUGAUGCAAAGUACACUCGUACCAAUCAUUUGCUGAAGCACAUUAGCACUCACGAUAAGCUUGGUGUUAGACAUCCAUGUGAGCAGUGUGAGAAAACUUUCGAUGCUGCACAGGAGCUUUAUCAGCAUUCUAAGGAACAUGAUGAGUGUGAUAAGGUUGCAGAUGAGAGAAUCAUAAAACAGGAAGAGACUGACAUCCCAACAGAAGUGAAGACGGAACAAAUUGAAAAUGGUGAGGAACAGAUCAGGGAACUGCUGAAUGAGUCUGCACCUGACUCUGAUAAGAUGGCAGUUGCAGAACAGUUUGAUGAUGAUGUCAUGAAUGGCAAUGAUUUUCCAUUCAGCGAUGAUGGUGAUGACAGAGGAGAUGAGAGUGAUGAUGACUUUUUAUUGGACAAGCCCAAGGCUGGGCCUAAGGCUAAGAGUACCGAGAAAAAAGGUAAGAAAGGAAAGAGGAAAAAAUCAGAUGAUGACAAAGCAUUGUUUGAAUGCAAGGAAUGUAACAAAUUUAUGACUACAUAUUUAGGAUUGAGAGUACACAUGAGAAGGCAUACUGGUUCAGAUUUAUCAAUGUGCAAGUUGUGUAACAAAACAUUUAUAAGAAGGAGUCAUCUCAUAAGGCACAUGAAAUCUCAUGGAAUUGAAGAGGCUGAUAUUGAGAAACACAUUCAAGCUGCUUUUGAGGGCAAAGAAAAAAGGGUUAUGGAAUGUGAUUUCUGUGACAGGAAAUUCAAGUAUAGAAAAAGCUUUCUACAUCACAUGCAAGCUGAACACGCGAUGUCUGAUGAUAGUGAUAUCGAAAAAACAGGUACUGAAGCUGAAAGGCAAAAGAGUGAAGGCAAGCCUGUUAGUGACGUGUUAAUGAAAGAGUUUGACGAAGGUGCAAAUGAAGAAGGAAUAGAGGGAGUUUACCCUGUGAAAGCGCAACCGCCUGGUGAAGAUGACGAGGAAUGGAAUUUGCCAGAGCCUGAAAAUACCGAGAAUGUUGUCACUAAGAAACCUAGGAAUAAGAAUCAGGUGUGUCAUGUAUGUGGAGCAUUGUUUGCUAGGGUGAACCAUCUGACGCGGCACAUGACCCUCCAUCGUAACGUUCUCACCCACUCUUGUGACCAAUGUGACAAAGCGUUCAUUAGCGAGGAGCACCUGAAACACCACGUGGAGAAGGACCACGUGAACAAGCCGUACGUGUGUACGGUGUGCAACAAGCCGUUUAGCAGAGGAGAACAUCUCAUCAGGCAUCUGAAGGUACACCAGACCGGUAACGAGGAGGAGAGCAUUACGGUUUUGAGGUGUUCCAUUUGCGAUAGUACAUUUACGAGGUCGGACCAUUUAGCACGUCACACGAAGAUACAUUUACUGCAGGACAAGCGACACGUAUGUGUCGAUUGUGGCAAAGCGUUCAACAGACUGGACAACCUAAAGACCCAUCAACGCAUUCAUACUGGAGUUAAGGAUAAUUCUAAACUACAUCUUUGUAUAUAUUGUGGCAAAGAGUUCAAUAAUUCUAGUAAUAUGAUUGUACAUAUGAGAAGACAUACGGGUGAGAGACCAUACAAGUGCAGUGAGUGUGGAAAAGGCUUCCCUAGAUCACAUGAUCUGAAAUGUCAUGAAAGGACGCAUUCUGGAGAAAAGCCAUAUCUGUGCACCCUUUGCGGCAAAUCUUUCAACAAAAGCAACAAACUGCUACGUCAUAGUCGUGUGCACACUGGAGAACGGCCAUACGUAUGUAACAUUUGCGGCAGAGCAUUCACCCAAUCAAAUGACUUGGCUCUGCACAUGCGCAGACACACCGGAGCUCGGCCUUAUGCUUGUGGUGUUUGCCCUGCUAGGUUUAUCCAAAGCGCACAGCUCAAAAAUCAUCGAAGAACAACAGGUAUAGUAAUAUAAUUUUUUCGGGUGUUUGCAUUUCGUAUUGAUUCUACAUUUUUAUCUCUUAGGUCACUGGAUGGACACACAACCUGAUCUUAAAGGUGGCCAUAGAGUGGAACCUGUCACACCCGCUCACGAACCAGCACCAAUCAGGUUCAAAUCUUCCAGAUGGGCUGCUGAAGAUAGGUUAGGAGGGAUGAAGAAGGAAGAUGAUGCUUCUGAGGUGGUUUCCAAGUCGGAAGGUCAAUUAAUAAUGCAGUCUCAGCCGGGUGGAGAAACUGGUCAGCCAGGUGCGUUAUCUGUGGAUAUCCAACCUAUGCAGGGAGGUCAACCCCAACGGAUUCUCAUGGGAAUCAUGAGCAACAUUAAGCUACAGAAUGAGGUUCAACCUUUGCUGAUCGACGGAAACAAGCUAGUAGAGCUGCACCAAGCAAGUUUAGUGAACCUUAGCACCGUUAUCCAAACGAGCGCCGGCGAGGAGAUCAAAUUAAAGUCUGAAGCGGGUAACGGCGGAAGCGGGGGCGGGUACCCUGUGACUGUCCCUGGCAAACCGGAGGAUACGGCGGAGGCGGGCGGCUCGUACCAGGAUGCAGCUGUUAUUUAUUCCGGCGAACAUACUCCUACGACGUAUACGACCAGCGAGGCGUUCAAUUUCCAAAACUACCAUUAGGUAAUUAAUGUUUUAAUUGUAAUUCGAUCAGAUAGAUGGUGUUGGCGGUGUGGCUAUGGUUUUCUGGCGAGAGCGAAUUGACAAGAAUAUAAUCAAAAUCACGAAAGAUGACUAUUACGUCUUUCCGUUAAUUGUAUUGAAGUAAUCAAUGGACGUACGUCGAUGAUAUAAUGACAGGAACAUAAUGACAACAAAUCUAUACUUAUUAUGAUUUUUCGAAGUAAGGUUAUUUCACUGAUUAUUUUUAUUUUCAUUUUAUUUCAUGGUUUUGAGUGAUACCUUAAUAAUAAUUGAAUCGGCGUUUACAGAAACGACACAUGUCCAAAAAAGUGAUUUUCGAAGAAAUGGAAAAAACAUUAUAUUAUUUGUUGAAAUAAAUGCGCCCUGUGCUUAACGGUUGGAAAUCAUAGUUUAAGGCGGCUGUAAUAUCUUCUAAUAUUUAAUUUUGGUCAAAAUAAAAAGUAAAAAUUUGUACAGCCUUCUAAAGAAUUGGACAUGUGAGCUUUCUGCAUAGCGUAGGAUGAAAUUGAAAUACUUUUGUCUAAUGGAACGUGAUUAUUUAUUACAAAUUGAAAAAAACAUGUAAUUUCUAAUUGGAAGUAGUUGGCCAACUAAGUAUUGAAGUAUAGAAUUCUUGAUAUUCAUCUUCUACAAACGCUGCACAUUUUCUUAUGUGUUCCAUUUUUGUCAUCUUUAUAGGGACUUUUCCCAAUGGAUAGGCCUGUUGAGAAGGUAACGCUACUGCAGUCUUCCCUGACUGUUGGCGUUUGAAUGUGUGUUGGAAACCCCCGUCUAUGAAUUGCGAAGCCUCGACGCAACCCUUUCUUUGUGUGUCGUAACUAAAUUGUGUGAAAUGGACCUUUAACUUAUGUGGUGUAAUGUUGGAAGAAGUUUCCUCAGAUAUUACGUUUUUUUUGUAUAGUUUUGGCCACCACUCUUUAAAGUUUAUAAUAUCUUUUGUUUAAACUUCUUUAACUGUAAAUUUAUUCGACUUGCUGCUCAUUACAAUCAAUUCGGUUAGUUGCUGAACUGUGGAGAUUCUGUCAUGUUUUUUAGUUUUCUCUUCACAAUAGCAAAGUCUCUAUCACAGGGAAGGAAACAGUGACCUCUUAUAGGAAAAUAGUGUACGAUUUUGGAAAACUGGUCACUAUCUGCCAGUGCAAGAAGCAUGCGAACCAAAGUGUGAUUCUUAUUUUGUCCCCAGCAAUUGUCACUGUAUAAGUGGAUCUUAUUUAUAUUAUUUCUGGGAACAUCCUUAAGGUCAAAAAGAGCAAAUCUCGUUGGCAGUUUUCUUCGCUUGCCCUUCAUGAUAUAUAUACAUUCUUGCAGUAUUUUCCUUAAUAUUAUGUAUACAAAACACCGAAAUGUUCAGUUGCUGGUAAUAAAAAACAUCACCUACAGGUGUUUUUGGCAGCUGAACAUUUUGCCUGAAGUCGAAAGCUAAAGCUACAAUAUUUUUUGAAUCACAAGGUUCAUUAGACUCGCUUUUCAGUUUUGCAUAAAAUUUUUUAGUUCGCCGUUUAUGGACUAGCAGCUAUGCAACUGCUGCUCGUUUGGCAGUAUCAUUUAAGUGCGUGUUUUUUAUUUUGUUGCUUAAAGUUUCACAUGUUGCACACAUAUCAACUUGAGGGCGUCCGAAUCUCAAAGAAAAAAUUACUCGAAAAUACUUUGUGUAAUAUGGGUAGCUGACUUUCAAUGUGGGGUAUUUUUCCUUAAAUAAGUCGUACAUAAUCUUUAAAUUCAGCUCACUAUUUAAGUACUUAACUUCUCGAUUUGCAUAAUGGCUUAAUUUAACGGGAAACGACUGAAUGUGUUCUUGAACAGCAAACUGAACUUCUUCGCCGAGUUUAUUACCACUUGGAUUUUUUCCACGUAAGUCUCUAGGGGAUUUUCCUAGCACGGCAAGAUCUUUAAGUCUUCUAACUCGACCCAAAGUUAUACCAUAGACUGAGAUAAAUGCUUUCAAACAAACUUCAAUCUUGACUGAACCUUUGAAUGUGUAGUAUUCAAAGGUAUUAGAUUUUGCUUUAGUUCCCAUCUCAACCCUAGCGCGCCGCCGCUGUAUACUUCGAACGAAAUAAAGCGCACCAUAUUUGAUUGCAGUUCUUCGUUAGAGAAUUUUUCAAAACAUUUUGCUCGAUAGCUAAAAGAUAAGAAAACAUUUCUCAGAAGUCAAGCAGAAAUAAAAAGCUGUUCUAAAGUUACCUGCAAGCGGAGCCAAGUAUUUUGCCAGGAAUAUUAUUACCCUUGUUUUUGUACUUCUUCUUCCACUUUUCCAUAGCUUGUUCUAUUAUUUUGUUAUUUACGACCAGUUUACAUCGUCUCGGUUCCGCUGAUAUCACCAUGUUAUACGUUAUAUGAGCGCCGUAUCUUCGAAUUCUUUAAUUAAUCUUUGUAGGUCAUCUUGAUCGAAAACAACCUAACCUGCUUUAACAUAACCUAAGUAUUCAUCUUUCAAAUAUGAUCGAUCAUGUAACAUGAAAACAUCGUCUAUCUUUGUCGGAUACAUGCAAAUUAGCCAUACAGUUUGUUUAGACAAUGAAAUUCUGUUUGUCUCUGUCUAACAUAUCUGAAACUUCAUUAAAAAUAUUCACAAAUCGCUGUCGUUUGUAUUUACUACAUACUAAAAUGAUGACAUUAUCGUCAUCUUUCCUGAUUUUGAUUAUAGCGAUGUAUUGGAAGCAGUGUUGCCGAAUCUUCCGAUUUUUCGGCAUUUCUGUAGAAAUUAAACUCAUUUACCGAAAACGUCAUUUUCCACGAUUUUUUAAAAUAAUCCAGAUAUAGUCUAAUCAUAAAAUACCCCUGGCUUGCGGAAUACGUGUAAAGUCUGGUUUUAUUGCUGCAAGUUGUUCAAGGGGGUAUUUAAAACAUGGACGCAUUAAAUGGGUACACCAAUUUUCGUGGGAAAAUUUUUUAUUCGACAACAAAUAAUGAGAAUACGGGUUUUUGAGAUUCGGUCGUGUUGGAGGAACGAAAAAACUCAUCACAUAAGAUUUUUAGGUAUUUAUAAGACCUACAAAAUGCGACCACACGUAAAAAGAUCCGACUAAUAGCAAAAAAGUUAUGGCCGAAAACCGAGGCAAACUGCAGGUUUUAGCACUUGUUGGUGAUGCGACUGUGGUUUCUCGCAGAUACUUGAAAUUCUUCAAAUUCGUAGGAUUCAUACUUCUAAAUAACCACAACAAAAUUGGAGUAGAUUGGUCAAGUAGAUUUUGAGAAUUUCUAAUUGUUUAUCAAAGAAACACCUGUUUUCCGGCCAUCACUACUAUUUUAUUGAGCAAUAUACAGGGUUAGUUCAAAGGGAAUUUUAUAGCAAAAUACACUAUUUUACCUUACCGAUAUGAAGCGCAAACCAUUCCGGAAAAUAAAUGUGAUGAAACAUAAUGAACAAAAUCGAUCAAUCUUAUCGCACUAAUUCACUGAGCUGCUGAACAUUUGUAACAUAUGUAAUUUUCAAAAACUUUUCGAGAAGUGUAUGCUGUUUCCUUGUUCUUUCUGGAAAAUUAUAGCCUUGCCAGACACAGAUUAGUUGAUUAGCAGAGACUUUUCAAAUGUAUAUAACUCAGUAAAGUGAGUGAUAUGUGAAAAAUGGUUUUUGCCUGUGUAUUUUAUGUGUAAGAAACCAGGUAGAGUGAAUAAAUUUCAUGAUUUGUCUAAUCGUCAACUUUAGAAUGCCCACUGUGUGGGUGUGGAUUUUCAUUGUAGCUGUUUUGUAUGAUAUAAACAUUUUUUAAAUCUAGUGUCGCACUGAUAAAUAUUUUUUUUUAGUUGACUUUAUUUAUUCAUUGUAUUGAUGUUUAUCAAAUGAUAACUUUGAGAAGUCUAUUACCACCUUGGAUCACAAUUUAAUUGAACUCGGUCAUACUUGCUAUGAAUCCGACGUAACGAAUAAAUUAGAAUUGAUUUCUCAUUAAAGCACUAUACAUAUAAACACUUAUUUUAAGUCGUCAAUCAUAUAUUCUACUUAUAUUUUCAUCAUUCCUAAAAUGCUGUAUAGUCAAGGUACAAGUAUAUGAGUAUGCUAAAUUAAUGUAUUUUUAUCAUUCGGAAAAACGUUGAUUUUUUUUGUCAGUAAUGUAAAAUACAUUUUCAUAAUUUUGUAUUUAUUUCUUCAUUAUUAUCAUCCAAAGCCUGUUACACCUUAACAGGUUAGUUUUUCUCAACUUAGCUGAAGGAUCACCUUACAAGGCAUUUUUAAAGACUACUGGUGGCAGAUAUUUUACGAACUGUGAUCUAGUAACCAAAUACCCCGAAAAAGUGUGACGUGAUCACAACGUUGGGGACUAUCUGCUUACGGCAACGGCGAAUGGCCUCAUCGGAUCAUGGCGUUAACGUUUGAAUGUAUACCACAUACCACCGUAAAAGUACUACGGCUUGCAAGUGAUAUCUUUCCUUACAGGUUUCAUCGCAGUAUUUUGUUCAGGGUAUCGGCACAGCUUAGAUAUCAAUCGGCUAUGAAACUGUCCUGACAGUGUCAAAACGGUCGCCAUAUCAGCGGAGAAAUUUGCAUGUAAAUUUCCCUAGUACAGCUAUGAAAGAGAUUGUAGUGUUUAGCAGCAGCCGGUUUUGCGGCGUAUCAUGUCAGCGACCACAGAUAUUUUUUGUAAUCUUGAAAUGAUAUUUUGAUAUGGUCUAGUGUAGUUUGUGAGAAAAAAUAAUAAAAUGGGGUAUGAUUGUCCAAAAAAAGCGACGGAGAAUUGCUGACUAUUUACAUGGUGCGGCAGUCAAACUUGCAUUUUUGAAAUAACUGUAAAAAAUACGGUUGUUUUUAACAAUUUUAUUGAUACCAUGUUAAUCUACGUCAAAAAGCAUUUAAGAAACAUUACUCAUUUAAAAAUAACAUUAUUCUCGCCUUCAAUUCUUCAAGACUACGAGGCGAGAAAAAAUCACAUGCACUGAGGUCGGAUGAACGGGCGGGCCAAAAAAUGGCUCCGUUCCGAGAUAUCACCCGAUUUGGGAAAAUUUCUUUGAGGAGUUGUAUGCUUACGCGGGCCGCGUGGCUCCAUCAUGUUGAAAUGACAUUUCAUCAUUCAGUCCAUGUUCGCGAAGACGAGGAAUGAAGAAUGUUCGGAACAUUUCCUAGUAGCGCUCCGCAUUCACGGUAACCGCUUGUCCCCUUCGUCAUCUUUCAAAAAGAAUGGGCCUAUGAUUCUCGCACAUCAAACUGUUACCUUGGCCGGAUGGAGAGGUUUUUGAGAGUUUUCAUCGCUCCAAAGUCUAAAAUUUUGCUUGUUAACGUAGCUGGAGAGAUGGAAAUGCGCCUCAUCGCUUAUCCAGAGCAACGUGUGAAGUUCGUCGUUUUCUUCCACCAUUUCCAUAGUUCCCAACACCGACUUCUCAAAUAGGGACAGUCCCGUAAUGUUAAAACCUCUUUCAUAGUUGUACUAGUGGAUUUUUUUCUUCCAAAAUGGCGGCCGUUUUUGGCACUGACAGGAAAGUUUCAUAGCUGAUUGUUAUCUAAGCUGUCGUAUCAGUAUUCCCAUAAUCUCAUCGUUAUUAGAAAGUCGUGAUCACGUUACGGUCUAAUCACUGAUAUCAAAAAGUAACGAUAUUAGAUAUUCAUUAUUCAAUAUCGGCCAUCUCUAUUAAAGAGCAUAAUAUACAAGGUAUAAUAAUUGCUCAAUAAGCUAAACUCUAAAAGUUUACCUAUUUCGGAAGCCGGUAGUAUUACAAUUAAUAACUCAGUCUUCUAAUAAAAAUUAUCCAAUCCCUUAAGAUCUAUUUAUACUCUCACGUUUCCGUACCGCCGGCGUAACGCUACCGUUGGCAAUUAAAAUCAAUUCAUAACAUUUCUAACGUUACGGCGCGUGAGGCAUAUCCUAACCAAAAAUUGCAUUUUCCACAUGUUUGAAGGCCAAAUUUGCAACAAAUCUCCAGAUAUUCCAUAUUGUUUUGAAUAAAAUUUAACAAUCUCAAACGAAGCCAUGUCGAGCAAAACAAAACAUGUCAUCUCAAACAGAGCGAAAAGCACGCGGAAAAACCAACUGAUCUGUCGCAACAAACACGUGAUUUAUAAGCUCUCUUUCAUUGGAUGAAUUGGGAUUGGCCACGGCAGAAAGUUCGUCAAGUCUAGCGUCAGCGUUGCAGAAUUCCUGUUUAUAAACAGUUUAACGUCAAGCGCAUGAAUCGUACUAUCCGUCAGGUCGACCAUUGUAGGCAUACCUUGUAAAUGAUCCUUAAAAGAAUACUUAAAGCUAUAGUUAUAUAUUAUAAGGUAUCCAAGUUGUGUAUAGAUUAUGUCUAUAUAAACCUAAAAUAAGAUUGUGACUUGUGUACAACUGAUAUUUUUAAUAAAUUCGAAAGAGUGA